GAGGGUUCAGUGUUGGUUGAACCACUGUGGGAGUAGGUUGUUGCGCGCGCGCACAUGUGAUUCCAACACACAGGCGCUGCCGCGUGUGAGAGAGAACGCGGUUUUGUGUUGCUUGGUCGGUGUAAGUUUUGGAUGUGGUAACCAAUGCCCAAUAUUUGGAUUUAAGAUUUGGGGCCAACUGUGUCAAUCGCGAUUCUUGGAGACAUUUGCUUGUAGCAAAAUUGCAUUCAGUUUGUAUAUUUAAAUCUGGAGACACCAUGACGACAGUGCGUGGAAUAUGCUCGUUGCUCAUGCUAGUUUGGUUGCUGGUGGGUUACUGCAAUGCUUUCAAUAUUGAUAUAGGUAGUCAUGUCACACACUUCGGAGACCAAAGUAAUUCCAUGUUUGGGUUCGACGUCGCUCAGUACAAGUAUGGAGGAAAGAGUCUGUUACUGGUAGGAGCGCCGAGGUACGACACAGAGCAAAGGAGUCGGGGCGUGACCAAGGCUGGGGCCGUUCUCAAGUGUUCCCCAGAAAUCCCCAACGUCUGCGAAUACAUUCCCUUCGACAGGAACGGCAACAACGUCCACCAAUUGGGAUUGCAACUAGACAACAAAAGCAACCAGUGGUUUGGAGCUACCGUCAGUAGCUCUGGCGUCGACGGAGUCGUCGUGGCCUGUGCUCCUCGCUACGUGUGGUUCUCGGAAAGUCUGAAGCGUCGGGAUCCCGUGGGCACUUGCUACCUGGCACGCGAGGGCCUCACUGACUUCCAGGAGUUCUCGCCUUGUCGCACACGUCACUGGGGAUACCAUCGCCAAGGUUCCUGCCAGGCUGGAUUCGAUGCAGUCAUCACUGAUGAUAGUUCGCGCAUGUUCAUCGGGGCUCCGGGAGCUUAUUACUGGCAAGGACAAGGCUGGAUGACAUCCCUCACAGGCCAAGUGCACUCGUUGUCCCUACCCGAGCGAAACGAUUACAAGAUGACGCGCGAAGGUCCUGCCACUGAGGAUGACCAGUAUCUCGGGUAUUCACUGGCUGUGGGGGAUUUCACUGGCGAUGGGCAACAGGACGUGGCACUGGGCGUGCCCAAAGGCCUCAAUUACACAGGAAAGGGCCAACAAAAUCAGAGACAGCAGCAGAGGCAGCCACCUAGCCUGAGAGAGUUGGCUCUGCGAAGGUAUGUAGGCUUAAGGGACGAGUCCCGUAAGAGCCGUGACGGCGAGGAGCCGGAGGAGGAGGUGGAGGAGCCGCCCCUCACCUGGCAAGAAUGGUUCGAGCAGUCUGGGUUCCUCUUCCAACCCAGGGCUUAUGAAGGGUAUGAGGCGGUCGACAUCUGGAACCUGACGCAGGAUUCCCUAGAUGAAACUUCCUACGGUUCUUACUCCAUGGCCGUUGGGGAAUUUGAUGGCCUGCCCGGUCAAGACCUGGUGGUAGGGGUCCCCCGGGGUGCCAUCACCAAAGGAAACCUGACUGGAAAGAUCGCGCUUUAUACGUACAACUUAGAUCCAAUUCAAAACAUUACUGGCUACCAGUUGGGGUCGUACUUCGGUUACUGCCUCGCCGUCGUCGACUUCAACAACGACGGCCUCGAUGACAUCGUGGUGGGGGCUCCCAUGUACACCAACUACAACGACCAAGAAAUGAAGUUCGAGGUGGGACGGGUCCACGUCAUCCUCCAAAAUCAGGCAAGGCGAUUCCGGCAAGUUGUGACGUUCAAUGGAAAUGUCAACCGAGGGCGCUUUGGAACUUCCCUUACGAGGUUGUCAGACAUUAACAUGGAUGGUAUCGACGAUUUCGCUGUCGGAGCACCGUACGGAGGGGAGGACGGAAAAGGAGCAGUUUUCAUUUAUCACGGGUUUGAAAUCAGGAGUGGUGAGCUUAUAACCCAAGAUAUGAAAAAGCCGGCUCAGGUUAUUUACGCUAGUGACUUGUCACACCGACUUUCCACAUUUGGUUGGUCACUGUCCGGCGGCCUUGACAUGGAUGACAACGUCUAUCCAGACCUGCUGAUCGGAUCCUACGCUUCCGACGCUGCCGUUCUGCUCAAGGCCCGUCCAGUUGUCAACUUGUUCAACCACUCACUCUCUUUCACUUCGGAGGGCAAGACUAUCGACAUCGAAGCCGUAGGGGAAGAACAAUCUGGGUGCCAAACGCCUUCGGGGAGAUCAGUAGCCUGCGUUGGCCUUGAAUUUUGUAUUGGCUAUACAGGCAUCGGUGUUCCAGACGAUAUAGAGUUGUUUGUCGAGUAUCAUCUGGAUGAAAAAGUAAGAGAACCUCGUUUGUUCUUUUUAUCGAAUGAGCAUCGGCAACUCGAAGAAAAUGUUCAGUUGGAGAGGAACAUAACAUCAUGCAAGUUCCAUCAAGUCUACGUGACGAAAACACUGACAGACAAGCUAACUCCGAUGACAGCGGGCGUAAAAUACCGUCUUGUAGAGCCGUCUUACAUAAGGACACCGCGAUCUCUGACUCCUAUUCUGAAUCAGCGUCAGAAGCUCUCCUUGUCCGACUCCAUCACUAUUCAGAAGAAUUGCGGAGAGGAUAAUGUUUGUGUACCGGAUCUCAUCCUUACAUUCACAGCGCCAGAAAAGUACGUAUCCGAUAGGAAAAAGCUCCUGGAAAUUGACAUCAGGGUCGUCAAUGACGCCGAAGACGCCUUUGAAGCCAGGGUGCACGUCCCUGUUCCACGUGGCCUAUCCUACACCAACUUCAUGCCCAAGGACAACACGUCUGUCACUUGUUCGCAAAGGGCUGUUGGUAGUAACUUCACUAUUGUCUGUGAAAUAGGCAAUCCUCUACCAAUGCAUAAAGGGGUUCAUUUCGGAAUGUCCUUUGAGCAGUUGGGUGACCCAGUCGGCAACCAGUUCCUCUUUGAAGUAACGGCCAACAGCACUAACAGUGAAGAGAGCAGGACCAGGGACGACAACGUAGCUCUCAAAUCUGUUCUCAUCGAUGCAGAUACACAGCUUAUUCUCUAUGGCACUUCCGUCCCUGAAAACAUCGAGUAUAAUCGCACUUUGUACGAUAUUCGUUACAAGACCCAUGAGAAACACCUUGGCCCCCAGCUCACGCACAGAUACGGAUUGUCGAACAAGGGCCCUUCACACGUGAUGGAGUCAGAGAUUGUCAUUUUGUGGCCAACAAAAUCACUGAAUGGGAACUACCUACUGUACCUGGUUGAGCAGCCUGUCACUGAAGGACCUGUCAAUUGCUCGAUUGUCCCUGACGUCAACCCAAUGAAUCUUCAGUUGAUUGAGAAGAAGGUUGGCUUGGAUGUUUUGAAACUCGAGGGACAGGAAGAAACUCUUCGUAAUGUUGACCUGGAGGGAACGUACACAGAGGAAACUUAUGUCUCUGGCGGUGGCGGUGAAUACAGGGAGUCUGAUGCCGGGUCUGCUGGCGACUCCGAAUCGUCAUCAUCAUCGUCUGAGACUUUCUAUUCAAGUGGUAGCAGUGGUGGAUCCCAUUCCUCCUCCUCCUCUUCUUCUUCUUCAUCUUCAUCAUCAUCAUCUUCGACCAGGACAUAUUCUUCAUCGUCUUCCAGCUCAAAGACCACCUACAGCUCAUCCUCAGACUACGGGUAUUCUUCGUCAGAGAAUGAAUUAGUGAGGAAACGCCGACAGGCCCACGAACCUCGUGACUGGGACAAGGAGACCAGUAAUUGCGGAAUAACACAGUGUACGAAGAUCCGCUGCUCAGUUGGACUUCUAACGGCUGAAGACGUCGUCUACAUCUACGUCCGCUCAAGGCUGGUGGUGGAUACUCUCGAAAAUUAUCCGAUCGAAGACGUCAGCAUCACCAGCAGGAUGGUUGCCAGGGUCAAGCGUCUGCCACAUGGUGUGGAUCCAUCCAUUAUCCCAAUACGAGCCCUGGAUGUAACGACUCCAGUAUCUCCCGCAAAGUCGUUGGACGAAGCCCCUCCAAUACCUUGGUGGGUUAUUGUUUUGGCAACUAUGGCCGGUGUCCUUAUUCUUCUCAUCAUCAUCCUCAUCCUUUGGAAGUGUGGUUACUUCAAAAGAAACCGCCCUGAGCCCAGUGGCCGCGGCUCUGACGAUGCUCAACCUUUGAAUCCUCCCAACGGUCAUAACGGCCACAACGGCCACAACUACAGCCCUUACAACCGUCCAUUUUAUCCCGGAGACGAGGCCUUAUGAUUAUCAGGUUUGUGUGUUCUGAUCUUUUGAAGAAGGAAGAGACUCGGAAGGACGUCAGUGGAGUAGGUUCCGGAAGAACCAAGUGAUAUUUGCUGCAUUUCUGGAUGAGGGAAGCUUGUCAUCUCACGCUUUCUUAUCUACUUAUCAGUUGGGGGAGAUAGCUUUUCAUUCCAGAAGCACUGACUUCAUAAUUUGACCCCAGGUGAAGGUUUUCUCAAUAGAUGAAAUUGUCACUUGUCUACUAUAAUGAAACUGAAUCAAGUCUGAAUAGCUAUCGGAUUUCUGCAGUGAACUAAAAUGAUUCAUUUGAAAACCUCCCCAGAAAUUUGCAAACUUGACGUAAGUAAAGACUGUCAGAGUCUUUCUCUACAAGGCAGUCUUGAUAACUUGUCAUUGUAUGAGAGACUUAGUGUGUGCGUGUAUGGAAAUUUGUAUGAACUCCCUAACACUUACAGGAUUAAGACAGGAAAAUCGCCUUCGUUCGCACCAGUGCUAAUUUUUUAUAUAAAUUUGGAAUAAGGUAACGCGAAUUUUGAAACAGUGUUUUGGAGGUUUGGAUCUCAUUUGUUUAUAUCACGUAGUCAAGUGCCAUACUGAGGUGUGAUUGUCUUUAGAGAUGAAGCAAUCUUUUUGUAAAUUAUAGUAGUCAUGACACAAUACUCUAUGAAAUUUUGUUACCCAUUAUUCAGUGUAUUCCUUUUUACAGAGUCAAGUUUGGCAACAAUUUUAUAUCGUACGGCAACUUUAAUUUUGUAGAAUAGUGUCGAGUUUACAUAGUAUAAACUUAUGAAACUUUUUUUAUCUAUAUUACCUUGGUUUGAUGCAGAAUCUCCCAACCACAUUUCAUUUUACUGUAGUUAGAAAUACAAACUUUAUUGAAUGACAUUAAGAUCUUCUUUGUUUAUUAUUACUGUUUUGGUUGUAAUCGAAUUAGGUUGAAUCACUGAUCCAUACAGCAGUUGUAUGGUCACAUGACAAAUACUCAGUGCACCAUGUUGCCAGAUUAUAAGUUUUUGUCAGCAAAGGGUGUCGACAUCAAAUACUCGCAACGAGAUAUAUUUGAUUUUUGUAACUUGGAUCUCAUAGAUAAAAAUCCUUGAAGAAUUAAUUGACCUGAAAAUGCGCGUCAUUGAACGUUGUUUGACAUUGUUUCUCAUGGGGCACAUUAUGCUUUGUACUGUUGACGAUGAAAAAGGAGAAUCCACUGAAAGUAAGAAUUUCAUUCAAUUGUAAUUAUUCUGUCCAGGAACGGAAGGUGGACAGUUGUCAUUUUAUCGGGAAUUGACGAACACUAUUCUUAUUCCUUCAAUUUGCGAGUUAGGCGACCAUGACAAUUUGAGUGUUUAGUGAUACCAUGUUUUAUAUCAUAUGCAUGAUUAAUAACUAAAUGAUAAGCGGGUGCAUUCAAUAAUAUUGGAUACAGGACUUAUAUUAUCAGUAUACUGGUAGCAAAAUGCUUUUUCUCUUAAUAUGGAUAUGCUGCCCUUUCCGAAGAGAAGCCAUUAGCUUACUUCUGUGGAUUCUCUUGAAAAGUUUUCAUUUUUCAGUCGUGCACAGCUGCGGUUACUGAAGGUGCUAACAUUUUUUUUUCUUUUAUUUACGCGAAAUUUCGUCACAUAGUAUAACAAAAAUCCCUAUUAACGUCGAUAGUCUGUUUGCAUCGAAAGAAGCUAGUUAGCGGCACUGCUUGAUCAACCUGUUUUACUUUUUCACUUGCUGGAGCUGUCAGUGGGCAAAAGUGGAAGAUGAGGACUUCCAAAAGGUUUUGUUGAUGCACAAGCUGAUGGGAUUCUCAGUUAGGUAGAGAGAGCAAAACGAGUGUGUGACUGAAGGUGUCAUUAGAAGAAGGGCUUCGGGCACGAGCCCCGCGCCUUUAAGCUAACCUGAAACGUUUUAGUCCAGAUAGAACCAACUUUUAUGAGAGACAUUAACAGUCGUCCGAAUAUUCAUAUUACUGUCAAUUGUCUGUAAAUAGAUGGAGCUUUCUAUUGUGCUUUUGGAUUCUAGUUCUUGUUCUCUAGCUAAUAGUCCCUAUGUGUGUGUAAAUAAGUGUAUAUUUGUAAAAUGUUUUAUGUAAUUUAUUUAUGUUAACAAUAAAAUUCUGACAGUA